AUGUCGAGCUCUCCGGCGUGUGCCGGCGGCGGCGCGUCGACGACCGUGACGGCGAGAGGGUGGCACGUGCUCAAGGUCGAGGACUACUCCCGACUGAAGGGGAUCAGCAUCGCCAGGCGCAUCAAAUCGAGCCCGUUCAUCGUCGGAGGCCACAGCUGUUGCGUCUUCUUCCCCGACGGCUCCAGCGAGGAGACCGCCGAUUGGGUAUGCUUCGGGCUCCGUCUCGAGCGUCGUCGUCGGGACGACAACGACGACGUGCUGGCACGAGCCAAGUACACUUUCCUCGACCAGGUCGGCGAGCCGGUGCCGUCCUCCACGGUCGUCGGACGCGCCAGCGUCCUCGAAUUCUCGAGGACGGGCCAGGCAUGGGUCCACCCCAAGUUCAUCAAGAGCAAGGACAUGGAGUCGUCCCGCGUCAGGGGCGACAAGUUCUGCAUCAGGUGCGACGUCACGGUCGUCGAGACCACCGGCCGCCAGGUGCCGGCGACGGUGCCGCCGCCGGACCUGCGCCGGCACCUCGGGGACCUCCUGGCCGCCGGGGUCGGCGAGGACGUGGCGUUCGAGGUCGGCGGCGAGACGAUCGCCGCGCACAGGGCCGUGCUCGCCGCGCGGUCGCCGGUGUUCAGGGCGGAGUUCUUCGGCGCUCCGUUGAAGGAGAACGCCGCGACUCGUGUGAGGAUCCACGGCAUGGAGCCGAGGGUGUUGAGGGCCAUGCUCCACUUCGUCUACACCGACUCGCUGCCAGAGACCGACGACGGCGGCGAGAGGAUGGCGAUCGCGCAGCACCUGCUGGUGGCGGCGGACAGGUACGGCAUGGAGAGGCUCAGAUCGGUGUGCGAGUUCGCCCUCUGCGUGCAUGUUAGCGAGGAUGUGGCGGUGAGCACACUCGUGCUCGCCGAGCAGCAUGGGUGCCACCAUCUCAAGGAGGCGUGCUUCAAGAUCCUCGGGUCCUCUGGCAAGUGCAGGGAGCUGCUGGUAGGGGAUGACUUGGAGCAUCUGGCCAGCAGUAGCCCCUCCCUUCUCGCCGAGCUCCGUGCAAGGCUUGGUCUUGAUGACCUCUUCGUCGGAAACGUGGAAAGAAGCAGCAGAAUAGCUAAUUAA